UUUACACCGCCGCCAUUUUGUUUGGCAAACAAACGCACUUACGCUUGACCUACUACAGAUGACGAAUUCAUCUAUUUUUAGUAAAAUAUGGGUGUGUCAUGUUGGGUUAAAGGUUGCUGCAAUGGAGCAGAUAAUUCAGUAAGACGAGAUUUCUAUUCAAUUCCAACUGUCAGAGAAAAUGAAGGCGAUUUCACGAAAACUUUGAGCGAAGAUCGGCGACGACUGUGGCUGGCAAAUAUCAACCGGAAAGAUGCGCCGACAAAAUACUCGAAAAUCUGCUCCGAUCAUUUCAUAAACGGCAAACCGUCUAGUAUGUAUGAAAGAUCCAAUCCUGAUUGGGCCCCAACACUUCUUCUUGGAGAAGACCUGACACCAAGUAAAUCUUUGAAGAAAGAGAAGAAGAUAGAAACUAACAAAAAAAGAUACCAGAGGAAGUUGGAUAGGGAUGAGGUUCAAGAGAAGCACCAUGUGGCCAGAGCACUUAUUGAGUUACAGUCUGAAUCGCCUGAGAUUCAGGAAAUAUUCACAGCCGUGCCACUUGCCUCUGAGAGUACUUCCAAGCCCCCUAAUCACUCUGUCGAAAGUGAACUUUUGGAGAGCCCAUCUACUCCAUGA